AUGUUAUUCUAUAGUUUCGCUGCAGGCAAAUAUUUCAACAAACCCAAGUAUCAGAAUCAGUAUCAGCCUCCCCCUCCCCCUCCCCCUUCUGGUGGAUUUGGAUUCAACAGUUUUGCUAACAGUUUCGGUGGUGGAAAUAACAACUAUGGUGGACAGCAAGGUGGCUAUCACGGCCAAGGCAACCCUUAUGGUGGUCCCCCUGCUGGCCCUGGCGGUUAUGGUGGUCCUGGAGGUUAUGGAGGUGUUCCUGGCUUUCCUGGUUACAACCCUCCUGUUGCUGGCAAGAAGCCCGGUUGGUAA